CACAGACCCUCUGCUGUCACAGCACGACUGGAGCUUUCUCUGAGAGGAGUACUUUUAAACACUUGGAAGCAAAAUGAAGCGAAGCCACAAUUACAGCUCAUCGGAUAGCGACCUGGACGACAAUGUGGAGGUGGAGAAGGAUAGUGGAGACGAAAAUGGUCAACUUGAUUCUCACGGCUCGAUGUCACCCUCCACAACCACCCAAGUUCAAGCCAGGAAAAGGCGCAGAGGGAUUAUUGAGAAACGGAGACGUGACCGAAUCAAUAAUAGUCUGUCAGAGUUGAGAAGAUUGGUGCCAAGUGCUUUUGAGAAACAGGGAUCAGCUAAAUUGGAAAAAGCUGAAAUUUUGCAAAUGACUGUGGACCAUUUGAAGAUGCUUCAUGCAUCUGGUGGAAAAGGUUUCUUUGAGGCUCAUGCUCUUGCUAAGGAUUACCGCAGCCUGGGCUUCAGGGAGUGCCUGGCAGAGACAGCUCGCUACCUGAGCAUCAUCGAGGGUCGGGACGGUACAGACCCCCUUCGUGUACGUUUGGUGUCCCACCUCAGCAACUACGCCUCUCAGAGGGAGGUGCACACUGGACUGGAACACUUAGCUUGGGGCUCUGCUUACGGGACAGCCCCUGCCCAUCUCCCCCACCCCCUCCUACUACAACACCCCCAGGGCAGGACACCUGCAUCCAGAAGCAAAAGUAGCCCACCCUCCUCCUCUUCUUCCUCUACAUCUUCCUCCCCCUCCACUGAGGCAUCUGGGACAUCCAGACUGGGUGUCAUGCCCUCCACAGAGACCCUUAGGGUGCCCCACAACGGCUCGCUGGCCCUCAGUCUGUCUGUGCCAACAUCCAAGCUUUCGCCGCCACUCCUUUCAUCCCUCUCCUCGCUGUCGGCCUUCCCCCUCUCAUUCGGUGCUUUCCCCCUGGUGUCCCCGACGGCCCUCCGCACAGUGAGCCCCUCCUCCACCCUGUCAAAGCCUUACAGGCCAUGGGGCACGGAGAUCGGGGCCUUCUGAAGCUAAAGACUGGACUGAAGGCAACAGCUGAGCUGUGCCCACCAACACAGACGAGGCAGGACAAUCUGCCUCAUCCGUUUUUAUAGCAAUUAAACACAGUGGAAAAAAGCAAACUGAUUUAAAAUUUUAAGUAUAAAGAAUAAAUGGGAGAGGUCGCUCUCAGUAUGUCAUUACAUAUAUUAUAAAGAAAGGAAUUCUAAAUGAUUUUAUGUUAUUCAUUGACUAACUUAGUUAACAUGCACUGUCUCCAGGCUAAUGAUAUCAUGAUAUGACAUAUGGGCCAUGAAUAGAUAUACUGUAAGCACAAAUGUAGGGGUAAUAUUUUGUAGAAACUUCAACAUUUGUCGAGCACACGUCUGUAUUUAACAUAAUGUAGAGUUACUUGAUUCAGUCUGCUUCUUUAGUGGUAUAAGAACUCGUGGUAUGAGAACUCGUGGAAAUGAAUAAGCAUAUUAUAUGUGCCAUUGUUGGAAAACUAACCACUUGAGAAUUGGAAACUUUGUAAUAUUUUUGUACCAAUAAAUUGAGUUAAAAAAGU